UCAUCCGGGUAUUUGUAGUUAGAUGAUGCAAUAUGGCCGCCAAAAGUAGCAACAGCUGAUACAAUGUUAUCUAAAUUUAGACCACACUGUGCAAUUAGGAAGUUUGAAAUGUUCUUAACACCAAAGCUACGGCAUCAUAUACGAUAAAGAACGAUAGAAAAUGGAUGAAUUAAAUGCUACCGACCACGGAGACGUGGCGAUUGGAUUGCCCGCGGCCCUUCCACCAGAGAUAGAAGAAGGAAACAUUGAGUAUAAGCUGAAGUUAGUGAACCCAUCUGAAUCUCGAGUGGAGCACCUUGUCACUCAAAUGAAAUGGCGGCUGGAGGAGGGAGAAGGGGAGGCCAUCUACGAGAUCGGGGUGGAGGACAAUGGCCUGUUGGUGGGGCUGACGGACCAGGAACUGACCGCCUCCCUCAACACACUCAACACAAUGGCCAGCAGACUUGGAGCUACAACAACUAUACUUAGAGAGCGUCUAGUGGAAGCCGAGGGAGCAGGGUGCCAAAGAAAAGCAUUAGAAAUCCUCAUUAGAAAGGUCCCUGAAAAUCAGGAGUUUAUAGAUCUCAAACUGGCAGUACUAGGGAAUGUGGAUGCUGGUAAAUCCACAUUGCUCGGAGUCCUCACCCAGGGGGGACUGGACAAUGGGAGGGGGCGUGCCAGACUGAAUUUGUUCCGUCAUCUACAUGAGAUCCAGACUGGAAGAACUUCUUGUAUAAGUCAUGAAAUCCUAGGAUUUGAUAGUCAAGGGGAGAUAGUCAACUACAGUGACUCUAAAACAGUGGAGGAGAUAUGUGAACAUUCCACCAAACUUAUAACUCUGAUAGAUUUAGCAGGCCAUCAUAAAUACUUGAAAACCACCAUAUUUGGGUUGACAGGGUACUGUCCAGACUUUGCCAUGCUUGUGGUGUCUGCCAAUACAGGGAUGGCUGGCACCACAAGAGAGCACCUUGGUUUUGCCCUGGCGCUGGGCGUCCCUGUAUUUGUAGUCAUCACCAAGAUUGACAUGUGUAGGAGGUUCAUGAUUGAAAGAACCGUCUCGCAGCUGGAGAAAAUACUGAAGUCCCCCGGCUGUAACCGAGUGCCAUUACGCAUCAAAUCUGAGGAUGACGCAAUGACAGCAGCUGCUAACUUCAACUCUGAGAGGAUAACCCCCAUAUUUACGAUAUCAAGUGUCACUGGAAAAAAUAUGGAUCUAUUAACCCGGUUCCUAAAUGUUCUUCCUUCCAUGAAGAAUGUGACAGAGAGAGAGAAAUUAUCCCAAGACCAUACUGAAUUCCAGAUUGACACACAGUUCACUGUUCCUGGUGUUGACAGUGUUCUAGGAGGCCACAUCAGUCGGGGGUCCAUAAAGGAGGGGGACAAGUUACACCUCGGUCCAUUGGAGGAUGGCAACUUCCGGGAAGUGACCGUCAAAACUGUCCACAGGAACAGAGUCCCGUGUCGCCUCAUUCAGGCGGGCCAGGCAGCUACCGUCGCUCUGACUGAAAACCACCGAGACAUUCUCAGGAGGGGGAUGGUGUUGGUAAGCCCAAAGUCUACCUUCCCAAACUUUGUUUGCAGAAUCUUCGAGGCUGACAUCUAUCUGCUUUAUCACAGCCAUCGAAUCAGCAAAGGAUUUGAAACCACAGUGCAUGUGGGAAAUGUCUGCCAGAUCUGUAAGGUGGAUAUCAUUGUAGACAAGGAGUCCAUAAAGACAAAUGAAAAGGCACGUGUCUUGUUCCGUUUCCUGAAGCAGCCAGAGUUCGUGAGACCAGGGUCCAGACUGCUCUUCCGACAGGGAACAACCAAAGGAAUGGGGGAGGUCCUCAAGGUUCAAGCCUUAGAUGGGGAUUUUCAAGAUCUCGGUCUAAUGGACACUGGUCAGAAUGAUGUUUCUGGUGCCUAUGUCCAGGAUACCGAUGAAAAAGAUAAACCUCAGACAAGACCUAUGGAGGAUAUUGGCAGAGUAGAUAGCCCACACCGAUAGAUUCCCUGAACCUCAUUUUAACUUAAAAUCUCUCAAGUGUUUUUUUUUUGUUUGAUGUUAAGUUAUUUAUUUUUAUUUCAUGUAAAAUUAGGACUGCUUUUAUUUUAUUGUUUUAGAUUUGUAUUUUUAUUAUGAUUUAUUGUGUUCACUCCAAACAUAGGAAUGAAUUAGAAUAAAAAAUUUUGUAGAGUUUCUGUGUAUUCGUAAAAAGCUUUUACACCCAUCAUUACUGCUGAUGUGCAUGAUAAACAUGUGAAGCUCACCUAAUGUCAUUUUCCAUUACUUUUUGCAAAUUUUUAUUGUUAUUGAAAAUUAUAGGUGCAAUUUCCAUAAAUUAUUUUUAUCAUGUCAAUCAAAUUUUUAUAACAGUUACUUGUAAAUGAUUUAUAAAAUUUCUUUUAAAUGUACCUUUUCUAUUUUAUGAACAAAUAUAAAUGGCAUAUACAUGUACAUAUACUUUAUUGAACCAGUUUUCUCUAUAUUGUGCAUGCUUUUUUUUCGCAACCAGUCAACCAGACUUAUUUUAUGUUUUUCAGCAAAUUCAACCAUUAACUGUUAUGUGUGUGAAUCAUGCUGUGUAUUGUAGGUUGUCUUGAUGUACAUGACUCUCUAGCGUAUAUUGCGUUGGUCUUGUUUACUGUUAUGUGUGUUAGCUAAGAUAACCAGUUGUCAUCAUGUUAUUCUUCCACUGGUCUUCACUUAAAUGAUAAAUUGUUAUGUUUUUUUGUUGCAGACAAAUGUGAAAAAAAAAAUAACAAAAAAAAAUUUGUUACAAAUACA